CAAGCCAUCCCAGUCAACCAGUUCCUUAACAACCCUUGAGUAGAGCGGACAGACUACCCAGAGGACAGACAUAUAGACAGAGACCAACAGAGACAGUGAGAGGGACAGAAUAUGCUCUUCCGAGCUCUUUUCCUGGGCAUCAUGCUCUGCACAGCACAAGAGCGAAGUCGUCCAGUAAUCAGGCUGAACUCUGUGUUGCUGAGGGAGGCUGAGAGGACUUUGCUUUUAGGAACGUCAUUCACCUUGACCUGUGAGGGGGACAGCACAACCACCUUGUCUACCACAGCGUUCAAAAGGAGGAACUCUAAACAGGGGAGUAUGAUUACCACCAAGUACCUUACAGCAGACUACACUGGCACAUACAAGUGUGUGUAUGACAACCAACCAAACCUGUUCUCAGAGGUCCACAUCUAUGUGAAAGAUCCCAAUAACGUCCUGGUAACCCCCCGCAACUUGAGAGAUGUUGAGGAGGGCGGGGAUCUUCUCCUUUGUCAGCUGACAGACCCCAGUGCCACAGACAUGUCCCUCCAUAUGGCCAACGGAGACCCAACACCCCCCGACAUGAACUACACUGUCAAUCCCAGGAGAGGGAUCCUCAUCAGACACCUUCUGACCAGCCACAGUGCAAACUACAUAUGCAGCGCAAAGCUCAAUGGGGUCACAACACGCUCCAAAGACAUCACUAUCAAUGUCGUUCAAAGGUUGCGUUGGCCACCGUCUGUGUUAAUUGAGGUAGAUGGGUAUGUUAGUAUUGUUGGAGAGGAGCUCCUCAUCCCCUGCAUCACCAGUAACCCUAACCACUUCUACAACGUCACCUGGAAACACUCCUCCCUCAAAACAUUGAACUUCUUUCAAAAAGUAAUACAGGACAAGCAGGUCCACAUCACCAGUACUGUGACUAUCCCGGCUGUGACCAUGUCUGACACAGGAAACUUCACCUGUACAGCCAUCAAUGAGGCUGGGGCCAACAGGUCUACUACCUACCUGGAGGUCGUAGAUGAGCCUUACAUUAGGUUCAUACCCCGCCUGUCACCCAAUCUAUACCAAAAUGGCUCCUUAGUCAAUGUGAAAGAAGGGGAGAACCUUGAGAUAAACAUUCUGAUCGAGGCCUAUCCCCAAAUCAAGAAGCAUUGGUGGGACGUGCCCAUGUCUCACAGUCACAACAUCUCCACUCAUGGCGACAAAUGGACCGCCCAAGGCAAUAACAGGUACGAGAGCAGCCUGCUGCUACACAGAGUCAGGUCUGAGGAGAGGGGCCAGUACACCCUCCACACCAGGAGCACGCGCCUCAACAGCUCCAUCACUUUCAAUAUCCAAGUCUACCAGAAACCCAAUGCGAUGCUCAGCCUGAAGAAUUCUACCAGCCUGAUCUGCACCUCCUCUGGAUACCCAGCUCCCACAAUCCUCUGGUACCAGUGCCCAGGAAUACAAAGCACGUGUGAUGCGGACAAUGACACCGUGGAGGUGCAGCCUCACUUCACCAGCACCAUGGAGGUGCAGCCUCUCUUCACCAGCACCAUGGAGGUGCAGAGUGAGCUGACCCUCAGUCCCUCAACUGAGGAGUUCACAGUGGAGUGUGUCACCUUUAACUUUGCUGGCAAAAAUCAGGACAUCUUCAUAUCGCAUGUUGUUGCUGCCCCUUCAAAAACAUUUGUAAUGUCCGAGCUGUUCACCCCCACUCUCAUUGGAGCCACCAGCACAUCAGCCCUUCUGUUCCUUCUGCUUGUCAUCGUUCUGUACAAGUACAAGCAGAAACCCAAAUAUGAAGUCCGGUGGAAGAUCAUCGAGGCCAAUGAUGGGAAUAACUACACCUUUAUUGAUCCUACUCAACUUCCUUAUAACAAGAAAUGGGAGUUCCCUCGUGAUAAGCUGAGGCUUGGCCAGAUUCUGGGAGCAGGGGCUUUUGGGAAAGUUGUGGAGGCCACUGCCUAUGGUCUGGGGACCGAUGACAACAUGACCACCCGUGUGGCAGUAAAGAUGCUCAAGCCAAGCGCCCACUCAGAGGAGAGAGAAGCUCUGAUGUCAGAACUGAAGAUCCUCAGUCACCUGGGAUGUCAUGACAACAUUGUUAACCUGUUGGGGGCGUGUACUCAAGGAGGCCCAAUGCUGAUGAUCACAGAGUACUGUGGCCAUGGCGACCUGCUGAACGUCCUGCGUGGCAAGGCCAAGCUAUUCCUGGACUCCAUCCUGAGUGGACCAGGGGUUCCAGAGGUUCCAGGGGAUAGUGAUCACUACAAGAACACAUGUAGCCAGGAGUCUCGUGUCAGGAGUGACAGUGGGAUCUCCUGCUCCAGCUCAGACAACUACCAGGACAUGCAUCCAGCGCAGAGGCCCAAAUACUGCCCUAUGGGUUCUUUAUGUGAAGAUCCAGAGACAGACACCUGGUCGCUGGACAUAGAAGACUUGUUGAGGGUUUCCUAUCAGGUGGCUCAGGGAAUGGACUUCCUUGCAUCCAAAAAUUGCAUUCACAGGGACGUGGCCGCUAGGAACGUCCUUUUGACCGAUGGCCACGUGGCUAAGAUCUGCGACUUUGGGCUCGCUCGAGACAUCGAGAAUGACUCCAACUAUGUGGUGAAAGGAAAUGCCCGUCUGCCAGUGAAGUGGAUGGCCCCCGAGAGCAUCUUUGACUGUGUGUACACAGUGCAGAGUGAUGUCUGGUCCUAUGGGAUACUGCUGUGGGAGGUCUUCUCUCUGGGUAAGAGCCCAUACCCUAAUAUUGUGGUGGACACCCGGUUUUACAAGAUGAUCAAAGCUGGAUGCCACAUGUCACAGCCGGACUUUGCCCCUCCAGAGAUAUACACCAUCAUGAAGAUGUGUUGGAACAUGGAACCAACAGUGCGUCCAACCUUCAGUACCAUUGGUCAGCUUAUCCAGAGUCUACUGCCUGACCAGCCAGACCAGACCUACAGGAAUGUGCAGGAUAAGACAGCACAGCGGGAGUCAGGAGAGCAGAGUGACCAAGCUAAGAUUAGUGAGGAUUGUGAUCAGACACUGAACCACGAAGAAGAGGAACAGCCCCUGAUGAUGAGGAAUAACAACUACCAGUUCUGCUGAGAGCACAUCAGGCCAUCCUCCAUUACUAUACGUUCAUAGAUGACUGUCUGCCGGUCAUAGCCAAGAGUUGGAUGGACUAGACACACCAAAUUAUCCAAAUGUCUUGACUCUCACUGUACAGAACAUGGUUUUAGUGUCAUACAGUACCUUUUUUUACGAAGUGCAAAGUCAAGAUCCAGUAAGCAACAACCGUUUUAAAAGGAACUAAGCAUGUAUGCCUUGAACAUUUUAUGUACAGAAAAUGACCAUAACCCCAGACAUUAUUCUACCCAUUUAACUUUUAUAUUUACACAGAUCAAGAUAUUUUACAAACUCUGAUCGGACUGUGACAACUUAAUGCCAGGUAGCUAUGCAUGGGUAAAAAAAUCCCUAGUGGAACCCAAGUCAGGGAGAAAAAACAACAUAUUACAACCUGUGUGUUGUGAUAAUUGCAUGAUUUGCUCUAUAACCUGUUAGUUCAUAUGCCUUGACACCGUGAUAUAUAGGUCUGAAGCCGAGACAAUAAGAAAACACAGUGAUAUAUAGGUCUGAGGCCGAGACAAUAAGAAGACACAGUGAUAUAAAGGUCUGAGGCCGAGACAAUAAGAAGACACAGUGAUAUAUAGGUCUGAGGCCGAGACAAUAAGAAGAUACAGUGGCAGAAUAAAUUCAACCACACCUUUGUUUCAUCACAAAACCUCUGUUUGUGCAACUAGAAAAAAACAUGUUGACUCACCCUACUUGUAGAGAAACACCAAUGCCAUCCUCCUCAUUUCCAUGUUGAGGAAACGGUCUAUAACUCAGUCAUACAGUACACGCUUUUAGUUGUCCUAGGCUACCUGGCUAAAAUAUUUGCUCGCUAGUCUAACAAUGACAAUGUGAUGCAACAAUUCAAGUUGUUUCGGUCAAUGACGUUUUGCUUUUGAUGUGAUGUUAUUUGUGUAAAGCAAAUCCAAGCUGGCUUCCCUUGAUGCUUUUUUUGUGUGUGCCAGGACCAUUCACAAUUGAGCUCACUCAGUUUAGCUCACCGCUGAUUGGUUAUUAUUGAAUUUUUAUCAAGAGAGGUCAAAUGCUUGCUGUAUUCCCUUGCAUUCAAUGAUAUGGGAGGCAACAGUGACAUACUGUUUUCCACCAGACAGCAUCAGAUAGAUGAGCUACAGAGACAGAGGGGCGCUGUUUGGCUCGCUCGGAUGCUUUCUCUGGUGGGACACAUUCAGCCUCUUGCGACUGGGAAGAAAAUGAUGAAACACAGACAGAUGAAAGGAAAUUGUUUUAUGUUUUUUUCUUGGUACGUUUUUUUGGGGUGAAGCCUGCCAUGAAUACUGCUUAGUGAGCCACUGCUUAAUGCAUCUCUUUAAAAAUGAUUGGAGAAUGGAGGCACUUACAUAUGCAGUUUCAUUUGUUUCCAAUACUCAAAGUUCUCAACACCAGGUCUACUGAACUGAGAUCAACGUUUCAACAUGCCUAAGUAACACAAGACAUAGUUACUGCGAAAACGUUUUUAUAUUACGGUGGGCAGUCAAAGUUUUGUGUUUAGCCAGUGUGUAGCCUUGGCUCACAAUUAAUUUUGAACACGUUUUGCUGUUUUGGAGAUUUGUUUUGUUUUGUUUUGGCUCGUUCCAAAUGGAUGAGAGUUAAAGAAAUGUACAGUACCAGUCAAAAGUUUGGACACACCUACUCAUUCAAGGGUUUUUCUUUAUUUGUACUAUUUUCUACAUUGUAGAAUAAUAGUGAAGACAUAACUAUGAAAUAACACAUAUGGAAUCAUGUAGUAACCAAAAAAAGUGUUUCAUAUUUCAGAUUCUUUAAAGUAGCCAAUCUUUGCCUUGGUGACAGCUUUGCACAAUCUUGGCAUUCUCUCUACCAGCUUCAUGAGGUAGUCACCUGGAAUGCAUUUCAAUUAACAAGUGUGCCUUGUUAAAAGUUCAUUUGUGGAAUUUCUUUCCUUCUUAAUUUGUUUGAGCCAAUCAGUUGUGUUGUGAAAAGGUAUUACACAGAAGAUAGCCCUAUUUUGCAAAAGACCAAGUCCAUAUUAUGGCAAGAACAGCUCAAAUAAUCCAAGAGAAACGACAGUCCAUCAUUGCUUUAAGACAUGAAGAUCAGUCAAUCCAGAACAUUUCAAGAACUUGAUUUGUUUAACACUUUUUUGGUUACUAUAUGAUUAUAUAUGUGUUAUUUCAUAGUUUUGAUGUCUACACUAUUAUUCUACAAUGUAGAAAACAGUAGAAAUAAAGAAAAAACCUUGAAUGAGUAGGUGUGCCCAAACUUUUGACCGGUAUUGUACGUAUAUUAUAAUGAAUUGUAGCAACAUAUUUUCCCUAUUAAAAGUGCUUGUAACAAUGUAACAACAAUUACUGCAUUAUUGGUCUUGCCUUGAGUGUAAGAACAUUUUACCAAUACAUGGAAAUGUACUGUAAGUAUGUAAUCAAAUAAAAAGGUUUUCAAAGAGCAAUAAGCUCAAAUUAA